UUGAGUACAAUUUAGAUAAAGUAAUGAAAUGAAUAGUAGUAAAAAACUGUGGUGAAUAUAAUGAAUAUUAAUAAACAAUAGUAUAAAAAUAUAAUUUUAUAAUAUUACUAUAAUCAUUGCAAACAGAUAUUUUUCAUUAUUAAUUUAGAUCAAAGUAGGUGAAUUUAAAUUUCAAAUCGACAAUGAUUGAAAUAAUUGCAUACGUAAUUGUUGUGGUUUUUGUGGUGAUAUGGUGUUACUUCAAAUGGCAUAACAGGCGCUUUGAAAAAUUUGCUGCUAGAAUGCCGGGGCCUCCAGCGUAUCCGAUUAUAGGAACAGCAUAUAAAUUUAUCGGAUCAUCAGAACAGAUCAUGACCAAAAUAAUUGAGUUGGCGACAGAAUUUAAUCAAUUGCCAUUUACACUAUGGUUAGGACCAUAUUUCGCAGUUGCCGUUAGUCACCCAGAAGACCUACAAAUUGUUUUAAAUAAUUCAAAGGCUCUUAAAAAAGACAAAAUGUACGAUUUUUUCAAGAAUGCUGUGGGUGAAGGUUUGUUUACUGCACCGGUUGACAAAUGGCGGAGACAUCGUCGCAUGAUAACUCCUGCUUUUAAUGUCAAUCUUUUAAAACAGUUUUUCCCUGUAUUUAACGAAAAAAACAAAAUUCUUAUCAGGAAUGUUACGAAGGAAUUAAAUAAAACUGAAAAGUUCGAUCUCUGGCACUAUAUUGCACCAGCUGCUCUUGAUACUAUUUGUAAAACCACUAUGGGUUACAAUCUUGACACUCAAUCAAACAAUGAUGAAUGUGAUUUCGGCGAAGCAAUUGUAAAAGUAACAGAGUUAGACGCGAUGCGAAUUUACAAGCCAUGGUUCUACCCAGAAAUUUUGUUUUCAAUGUAUUUAAAACUCACAGGACUGCAAAAGAUAUUCGAAACAAUUGAACAAUUUCCAUUACAAGUUAUCAAGGAAAAGAAAGCUGAAUUCGACCAAAGAACAAAAGCAACUAAUGAUAAAGCAGACGUAACCAACAAUGACGAUGAAAAAUAUUCAAAACUAUUUUUGGACAUAUUGUUUGAACUGAAAGAAAAUGGUGGAAACUUCUCAGAUUCCGAUAUUAGGGAUGAGGUGGUAACGAUGAUGACUGGGGGCAGUGAAACCAGCGCUAUCACAAUCUGUUUUUGUCUUUUGAUGUUAGCUAUAGAUCAAGAUAUACAAGAUAAAGUAUACGAUGAAAUUUACGAUAUAUUUGGGGAAAGUGACCAUAUAAUAACUUUUGAAGACACUACUAGACUAGUGUAUUUGGAACAAGUGUUAAGAGAAACUCUUCGGUUAUACCCUGUAGGACCAUUGUUACUCAGAGAAAUUGAAGAAGAUCUUAAAAUAUUUUCAAACGAUUACGUACUGCCAAAAGGAACAACGUGUGUUAUAAGCUCAAUAGCCACACAUCAUAGUCCUGAUUUGUACCCAAAUCCUUGGUCUUUUAAUCCUGAAAACUUCAGCCCAGAAAAUGUCGCUAAACGCCAUAGAUAUAGCUUUAUUGCUUUUAGUGGUGGUCCAAGGGGUUGCAUAGGAUCCAAAUAUGCCAUGUUGUCGAUGAAAGUCACUGUGUCAACAUUUUUACGACACUUCAGCGUGCAUACAGACAUCAAGUUAACAGACAUUAAGUUAAAGUUAGGUUUGUUGAUGAGAAGUGUUCACGGUUAUCCUGUUACAAUUCGACCACGAGACAAAAGACCAACAUAUUAUUCUAUGCGAAAUCAAAACAAGCAAGGAUAAUGCGCAGUUCAUUAAUAUGAUUAGUUUAUUUUAAACACUUUUGAGUUAUCUAGAUAUAUGUUUUAAUAUGAGUGUAUCAUGUUUAUUAAUACAAGGUAGCUGGGUGAAGGAGAAUACAAUGCUAAUUAAUGUUUAUUUAGAAGCUUAAAUUGUGUAUUAAAAAUUUAUAUUAAAUUAGUAUAUUUGAUCAAUAAAAAAAAAAAUUGUAAAAACUUAAUUAAAAUACUUAUAUUUAUUUUUAAUAUCGGAAAAAUAUAUUAUUUUAAGUUUUUUUGUGACUGUAGUCAUCGAAUAUUGCGUUGAGAUUAUAUAAUGUUUGUUAUCAUUUUAUACUCAAAUAAUAUAUAGCUGUAAGUUGUACACUAUAACACUAUAAUGUUAAAUGUUUUGUAAUCCAACCGUUCGCCAUAGACAUGACCUGUGUAAAAAAAUCGUGACUGGGUGAAUUUUAAUUUUAUAACAAUUUAUUUUUUGUGUUUUUUUAUAUACACAAAUACAAAAAUACAAACCAAACUUAUUUUAUGUCUA